UGGCAGAACACCCUGAGCUGUUCCGCUGUCUGGAUCCCUAGCUAAAGAAUGGUGAAUCGAAACCUUGCGUGGACGCUGCUACUUCUCUGUUGUCUGGCGGGGUCUCUGCUAGCUCAGACCUUCCAGUACUCCAGGGGUUGGACCAAUGGCAAGAAGCGUUCCGGCCAACCCUCACCGCACGAGGCAGCAUGUCAGCUACAGAAAUUGAGAAUAAUUCUGGAAGGCAAGAACACUGCUCAGCUCUACUGGCCAUGCGACUGGCAGCAGCCACCUUUAGACUAUGAGCCUCACCACAUUCCCCAGCCACCCCCGCUCAUGGACAUAGAUAACAAUUAAUGCAUAGUUUUGUGUUCCGUUGUACCAUAUUUAUAAAUAAAACAAAAUAAACUGCUAAAUACAUUGUA